AUGUCUGCCAAUCGAGCAAGGCGUAUCGCCAAAGAGAUCGCCGACAUCCACGCCGACACACAGUCGCAAAUCACGGCUGAACCACUGCACGGUGGGGAGGAUCUUACACAUCUUCGAGGCACGUUCCCAGGGCCUCCAGGAACACCCUAUGAAGGUGGAACCUAUACCAUCGACAUUAAAAUCCCCAACGAUUAUCCAUUUCGGCCUCCCCACAUGAAGUUUGUAACCAAGGUCUGGCAUCCCAACGUCAGCAGUCAAACAGGUGCCAUCUGCCUAGACACUCUUUCCACUGCGUGGUCGCCGGUGCUCACCAUCAAGUCUGCCCUUCUGUCACUGCAAUCCCUGCUAAGCACACCCGAGCCCAAAGAUCCUCAAGAUGCCGAGGUCGCCACGAUGCUCCUUCGGAGACCGCAGGAAUUUGCACGAGUUGCUCAGGAGUGGGCUGUGAUGUAUGCAGGAGCUCCCAGAAGGCAUGCAGGUGAAGGCAGCGGCGGUGUGACAGACGAAACUCUUCGACUGCAGGAGAUCAAGUCGAAAGAAGAACAGGAACAAGAGGACUUAAGCAAGUACGACGGCUACAACAAAGACUUGAUCGACCGAUUCUGUAACAUGGGAUUUGACGUCGAGCGCGUUGUAGCCGCAUUCAAAUACUACGGCAUUGAUCGAAUGGACGGAGAAGACUACGAGCUGGAGGAGGCGUACAUGGGAGACAUUACAGCGCGGCUCCUCGGCGAGCCGUAG